GCCCGCUGCCGGUUGGUGCUGGCGCUCCGCAGUGGGGGAGCGGCGGGCGCGGAGCCGCGGCCGGUCCCAGUCCCAGUUCCCGCGGCGCGCGCGGAGCACCGGGCGCGGCCAUGUCUGUGGUCGGCAUCGACCUCGGCUUCCUCAACUGCUACAUCGGCGUGGCGCGCAGCGGCGGCAUCGAGACCAUCGCCAACGAGUACAGCGACCGCUGCACCCCAGCAUGUAUAUCUUUAGGAUCCAAGACCCGAGCUAUUGGGAAUGCAGCAAAGAGCCAGAUCAUCACAAAUGUAAAAAAUGCGGUACAUGGUUUCAAAAAACUCCAUGGAAGAGCAUUUGAAGAUCCUUACAUACAAGCUGAGAGGGCCAAACUUCCCUAUGAACUUCAGAAGAUGCCAAAUGGCUCCGUUGGAGUAAAGGUGAGGUACCUGGAUGAGGAGAGACUGUUUGCAGUGGAACAGAUCACAGGAAUGUUGCUGGCCAAACUGAAGGAGACUUCGGAAAGUGCUUUGAAGAAACCAGUGGCUGACUGUGUGAUUUCAGUCCCUAGUUUCUUCACUGAUGCUGAAAGAAGGUCUGUAAUGGCAGCUGCACAGAUUGCAGGAUUAAAUUGUCUGAAGCUGAUGAAUGAGACUACAGCAGUUGCAUUAGCCUAUGGAAUAUACAAGCAAGAUCUGCCAGCCUUGGAAGAGAAGCCAAGAAAUGUGGUCUUUGUAGAUAUGGGGCAUUCUGCAUAUCAGGUUUCCAUCUGUGCUUUUAACAAGGGAAAACUGAAGGUCUUGGCCACGACCUUUGACCCUUUCGUAGGUGGUAGGAAUUUUGAUGAGGCUUUGGUAGAUUACUUCUCUGAAGAAUUUAGGACAAAAUACAAACUGAAUGUAAAAGAGAAUCCCCGAGCACUGCUGCGAUUGUAUCAGGAAUGUGAGAAGCUCAAGAAGCUGAUGAGUGCGAAUGCGUCUGACCUUCCACUCAACAUCGAGUGCUUCAUGAAUGACCUGGAUGUCUCCAGUAAGAUGAACAGAGCUCAGUUCGAGCAGCUGUGUGCUGCCCUUCUGGCCAGAGUGGAGCCUCCUCUAAGAGCAGCCAUGGAUCAAGCCAAACUUCAGCGUGAAGAUAUCUACAGUAUAGAAAUAGUAGGUGGGGCUACUAGAAUUCCAGCAGUGAAGGAACAGAUCUCUAACUUUUUCUGUAAAGAGAUAAGCACCACGCUAAAUGCUGAUGAAGCUGUUGCAAGAGGCUGUGCCUUGCAGUGUGCAAUUCUUUCUCCAGCUUUUAAAGUGCGUGAGUUUUCCAUCACAGAUGUUGUUCCUUACUCUAUAACAUUGAGAUGGAAAUCAUCUUAUGAAGAAGGAACAGGUGAGUGUGAAGUCUUCAGUAAGAACCAUGCUGCUCCAUUCUCAAAAGUAAUUACUUUCCACAAGAAGGAGCCUUUUGAUUUGGAAGCUUACUAUACCCAUCCACAAGAAGUGCCUUAUCCUGAUUCCAGAAUAGGGCGUUUCACUAUUCAGAACGUUGGUCCCCAGCACGAUGGUGACAACUCCAAGGUGAAGGUGAAAGUGCGCGUCAAUAUCCACGGCCUGUUCAACGUGGCCAACGCGUCCAUCAUAGAGAAGCAGAGCUUAGAGGGGGAUCACAAUGACACACCCAUGGACACUGAGUCAUCAAGUAAGAGCCAAGGCAGAGAUGAAGAGCUGCAAUUACCUUUCAGUAUUGAGGAUGAUACCAUCGACUCUGAGGAGGAGUUAUGUAACUCUCGGCAGGAUAAAAUGCAGGUUGAUCAAGAAGAAGGUGUGCAGAAAAGUCAAGCUGAACAACAGAACCAAGCAGAUGAGGAAACAGAAAAUGCUGGAACUGAAACAAAGGCUGCUUCUGGAGAAAAGCAAGAUCAACCACCCCAGCCAAAGGCUAAAACAAAAGUUAAGAGUAUUGACCUCCCUAUACAGUCAAGCCUCUAUAGGCAGCUGGGACAAGAUCUGAUCAAUUCCUAUAUAGAAAAUGAGGGGAAGAUGAUGAUGCAAGACAAGCUUGAGAAAGAACGAAAUGAUGCUAAGAAUGCUGUUGAAGAAUAUGUGUAUGAAUUCAGAGACAAACUGUGUGGAGUCUUUGAGAAGUUUAUCACUGAAGAGGAUUCAAACAAGCUGACCUUGAUGUUGGAGGACACAGAAAACUGGCUUUAUGAAGAUGGAGAGGACCAGCCAAAACAAGUAUACAUGGAUAAGCUUCAGGAAUUAAAAAAAUUUGGACAGCCUAUCCAGGAAAGAUGCAUGGAACACGAAGAGAGACCAAAAGUUCUAAAUGAACUGGGAAAGAAGAUUCAGCUCCUUAUGAAAGCAGUAGAAGCAUACAAAAAUAAGGAUGAAAAAUACGACCACCUAGAUCCUGCUGAGAUGGAGAAAGUUGAAAAAUACAUUAACGAGGCUAUGAAUUGGUUGAACAGCAAAAUGAAUGCCCAAAACAAACUAAGUCUAACUCAGGAUCCAGUUGUCAAAGUGGCAGAAAUACUAGCAAAAUCUAAGGAAUUGGAUAGCUUCUGUAAUCCUAUUCUAUCCAAGCCCAAACCGAAGAUAGAACCUCCUAGUGAUGGGCAGUCCAAAGCCAACGGGGAACACAAUGGACCAGUGAAUGGACAGAGCGCUACGGAAACAAAACCUGAACCAGCAAAGGACAACCCUCAGCAGACCAAACCCCCUGGAGAGAUGGAAGUGGACUAAAUCUUGCAUUUCUUUUACUUCAUUAAAAUAGUGCAAGUAACCACAGGGUCCAUUCUUUUUGUCUGGUACACACCUCAGAUGUUCAGUUAUUCUUAGCCAACCUUCUGUCAUUUGUUGCUGAGUAGUUUUGAAAGUGUUUUAUAUUAAGUACACCUUAAUAUAAUGUUCAUUUCCACUGAUGUUCAUUUCCACUGAUGCUGCUUAUGUGGAGCUUUAGCCAAAUGUAGAUUGUAUAAGUCAGUUGAAGCUUUCCCAAUAUAUUUUAUAUCAAACAUACAGAAUUGAUAUAUAAAUGGCAACAAUCUACCUUAUUUAAAGCUUUUAUUGUGGAUAAACCUCAGCUCCUUUAUUCAGGAAAGGAUACUGUAUUGCACUACUGAUGCUCAAGUGUAGAUCUAAUCGCAUCUUUAUUUUGGAAAAAAUAUUGGAAUUGAAGUGGCAAAACCUGUCACUUGAAGCACUGACCUUUUCUAGUUAUUGUAUUGUUAUAAUUUAAAUAUUAAAAUAGAGGUUAGUUGGCAUACCAGUCCAUCUUGUUGAUGUACCAUGAGAAUUGUACGGUCUUUUUCAUAGGAACUGAAUAGUUUGAGCUUAAGCGUUUUUUAGGUUCCCAUACCACUACCAGUCUUCAUGACAAACCGCUCCAGCAGCGUGGCUCUGCCGUGUGCUGGAAUUCCUGGUCUGUGCACAUUGCUGUACAUACCCUACUGCACUUAGGACACAGUGAUGCUGGGGAGAAUAGGAUGAAAGGGGACAACAUGCAAGGCCUGCUGCAUAGCUUUCCCUUGAAAAUGUCUUAUUGCACAUGGAACUAUUUCCACUUCUUUUGUUUUGAAUUCAAUUUACAUCUUGAUCAUAUCUCAUCCCGGGGAGGAGAAACAACAGAAACAGUGCUGUGCAAACUGGGUAUCACCACACUGAUUUUGAGGUUGUUUAAAUGCUCUUUGGGGCAAACUUGAAAGAAAUGCUGAGAGCUUAUUUAAGCCUUGAUGCUUGGCCCAUAAAUCUUUUGGUCAAGGAUCAAAACAAAAGAGUUUAAAAACUGGAUAUUAUUGCCCCAAAGAUGGAAUCUACUUGAUGAACUUGCAUAGCUUACCACUUAGCUUUGGUCAUUUACUCUCUAAUGAAAGUGUCUACAAUGUAUUACACAGCAGAAUCACUGUUGCCUUUGGUAAGUCUUAAACGUUGUCAAAGUCCAGUGUAUGUUCCAAAUAUAUUCCAAAUGCCUCUGUCAGUCAUUGAGGUACUGCAGCACUUGCUAAAGCCAGUCACCAUUGAUUUCAAACACCUCUUCUGUUACCAGAGUGGGAAUGGGCUACUCUUAACUAUGAAAAGUGGUUUCUUUACCCAGUCAGCAUAAGAAGCUGAGAUUAGUUGCAGUGUAAAGUGUCAGUGACUUGAACUCUGUCCCAGAACCAAAUUCAGAUAUUAAUCAGGCACUCCUGCAGCAGCUCUCCCAUAUGAGGUGGUGUUGUUGUAAACAAGUGAAGAAUCACAACUUUGUUUCUGGCUUUGGCAGCCAUUUUAUCUUCAGCCAUGCCCUUCAUCUUCUACCACUGUUCAUGCUACAAAAAGUAAUUCAUGACCCCUGGUAGAGGUGAAUUCACUUCUCACAUAUUUUCACAGAAAAAGGAAGCAUCAUUUACAGCUGUGCAUAAACCUGCCAGACUAGUUCGAGUGCUGGAAUUGCAUCUUCAUGACUGACAUCCAGUCACUGAGGUGUGUGUACUUUGCUCUCCUUCCUGUUCCUAUUCCAUGCAGUCAGUGUAGGUGGUCUGACACUGUAAGUUUACAUGUUUAAAGCCCUGGAACAAAAACUGAGUGGCCUUGAGGAGAGUUGCUCUGCAGCUCCUCUGCAACCUCAGUCUUGAGUUCUGCCACGGUAGUCACACCUCUGGCACUGAGGGGGUGACUGUACUGCAGCAUCAGUUGUUCUUUCAGUCAUUCAGGACUGAGCUGGCUUUGGUCUCAUAGGCUUUAAGACCAUUUAUAUCCUAAUGGCUUUUACCACAGCAGUGUAAUCAGUAGCAUUGUCAAGUACUGGCUUCCUAAAAUACAGCUGCACAACAAUUUGUCUAGGUAGACUCCUUGGUACCUGUGGCAGAAGAGCACAAAACAGCAGAAAUCUCUAGUAGCUAAAAGGUCAUGUGCAUGAACAGAGUGUCUUCUGCUUGUGGCCAUCAGAUGCUUAAUACUACAUUACAGCUAUUUGAGGCAAUUCUUAGGAUAAAGGCUAGAAAAAUUCUGCACGCUUAACAGCAGAUAUGGUUCAGACAAACAAUUGUAGUCAAGUUUUCUUACUAGAUUAGGGAUUUUUUUGCUGUGCAUCUGGUCUGUCUCUAGAUCCCUGCUGAAGAGGAAUGCUGCCCACAGAAGCUGGCUCUGAGGUCCGUGUCAGGAGUCCCAUUUGGGAGGGCAGAGUUGAUCUUUCCACAGCGAAGUUCACGUUAAAACAUGACUUGUUCCUAUGUAAUCUGUUUUCUGUUAAAAAGAGGAGAUUUUACCAGUACAGAUUUUAAGUACACACUAUGCACAACUUGAGGUUUUAUGUGUCAGACUCAGAAGCAAGUUCCCUUUGCCUACCCUGACAUCACCAGAAUGAGUGUCUCUGCAACAUAAAGCUUUGUUAGGGAACCAGCAGUGGUCUGUUACUCUGCAUCUUGUGUAUUAUAAAAGCAGGUAUUUGUUGAUAAUGUCUUACUUGAAACUUUCUGCUGAGGGCAAGAUACAUUUCUAAUGUUUGAAAAUGUCCCCUAUGUCCCACAAAAAAAAAAGGAAGCAACACUAUCUUUGUAAAGGCAGUAGUUUUGUUUAAAAAAAAAAAAGGUUUGUAAAUCAGGUUCUAAAGUCCCAUGUAAAGAUUUAGUUAUAAACCAGCAUAAGUACAUUAUUUCAUUUUACCAGUGAGUGCUUCCUUCUUUCCUUUAAAGAGGACUCAUUCUCUCCUGUCCAGAGCAUUAAUGGGCUUGCUCAAGAAAGGACUUCAAAAUUAAUUUGUUUUAAUUUUCUUUACUGAACUCAGUUUAGUUUCAUGAGUUCCUUUCCACUUCUUUUAUUACGGUACUUUAGACUCCAAGGAGUUUCUUUGAACUUCAUUUAGAUGUAACAUAAACAGAUUUGUAACAUUUAAGUUAGGGUUUUAUGCCUUCUUUCUUUAACCUGCUGCUUCAUGACAAAAUACCCCAUGAUUUUGAAUGAAGUUUUUGAUUUUGCAUGUCUGAAUUUGAAUGAAGACUCCUCUCCCUUGCUUGCUUCUGGCAGCGUGGAUCUUUCACUGCUUAAAUGCUGCCUUUGGGGCAUGCUUGCAAAGCGUGGAGUGAGCAGCUGGCUCCUGAAUGCUCAGAGGCAGGUGGGAAGCACCCGACCUGUAUUCCCCAGGCUGUAUUCCUGGUCUGCCUCCCAAGGCCCCGGGGCAGAGUGAAGGGGAAGGUGCCCUUCAUGGCAUGGCAGCACAGGAGGGGACGUGCAGUGUCUGGGGUGCAGCUCCAGCAUUCUGGACACCUUGUGGUGUGUGGGAUGGAAGUUUUGGUUCUUCCACAUACAAGUGAGAGCUGUUAACGUAAAGCAUCCAGUCUGUAUUUGAUAAGAUUUCUUUGUAUCUUCAACAUUUGAAAUUCUUUAAUAUUUCCCAACAUCUCAGUGUGCUGAACUCCAGUCUCUCCUACAGCUUGCUACAGAUUUGGUUCUCAAAUACUCGGUAUUUAAGUGGGGGUUUUCCUGUAAGGAUUAUGUAAGCGUAAUUUCAGGAAACAAGCAAGGAGCUGGCCAGAGACUUCUCUUCCCAAUUAUUUUUUGACACCGGUGUGAAAAAUUAAUACCUUUAACAAAACUUGGAAUCUACAGUUCUCAGAGCUCUGGUUAUCCAUGCCUGUCAGUUAGCCAAUGUUAGCAUCCAGGACGUGAGGCCAUGUUGCAAACACGCUGCACUUGCUGGUUCAAAGCACCUGCCCAACUGCUGUAGGAAAAGAGGCUGAAUUCAAUUCCCACAGAUCAGUGCCAUCAUGAACCUCAUUCCUCAAAGUGGGACUUCCAUUGCUGUGUAAUCACACUGUAAUACUUCAAUACACUGACUUCUGUGAGCCCUUCUCAAGUGAAGCUCAGAUGCCCAAACUUGAGUUGUGGACUGGUAUAAGGUUUGCCUGCUCUAAGGAUGCUUACAUUAAUUGCCACUAAUUGCUGUGAGUUUAUUAAUUGGAUGGAGGAAUAUUCUGUUGCCUCUUACACUUUUGCUAGUCUUAAGCUUUCCCGUCUUUCAGGCACCAGGAGACGAAAACUCACUGAAACUCUCUGUCAAAAGAGGUGGUAAAAAACAUGUUGCUUAACAGAAGGCGUUAAUGCCUCAUAAAUUUUAAUUUAAACUCCCAAGAUAGCACUUGGAGUAUAAACACAAGCUCUUAGUAGCUACAGAAAGUGUGUGGUGGCUGACUCCUAGCUGAAUUUGUAAUUCUCCACAGUUGAAAUUUGAAGACUUCAACCAUUUACUACAUACGUAAAUAACAGUGAAAACAACUAAAUGUGACUGUUGGCACUGCAGAAUACUAAACCAGGAAUGUGCUUGAUGUGACUUACUUGAUACAGCUAUUAAACCCUGGUUUCAUUCUUUCCUGGUCAGAAGGAAAUACGUCAAGCAAUGAAAACAAGGAGUCAUUGCAAUGAAAUCCAUGAAGAAUAAUUUUAAACAAAAAUGCAGUUAAGAGCUAUAUGCACCCGCCACCUCUACCAAGUGUUGUAACAGUUUAAUUAAUCAAAAAAGGUAGUCCCUGAAUGUUGCAGUGGUUGAAAAAGUUUCUUUCCAUAGUCGAUAACCAUAUCUCCACGGGUUGAGGGGGGAAGAGAUGGGAAUGUCAGAAUUCAAAGCGGUGUUUAAGUAUGGAAAAUGUUUACGAUGUAUGUAAAUGGGAUUCUCAGUAGUGACAGAUCGUGUGCAAAUUGACAAGACUUCAAUUUAUUUUUGAAUGGCAAUAUAGAUUGUCAAGGUUGUGUAUAAUUAUAAUAAAUAUAUAAACCGCUACUUGAACCAUAAA